CACAGCCCAGUUGCUCACAGCCCCAUCCAGCCUGGACUGAGUGUUGCUGGGGAGGAGCAUCCACAGCCUCACAACAACCUGCUCCAGUGUCACCACACUCAGUAAAGAAUUCCUCCCCAAUGUUUAGUCUAAACUGCCAUCUAACAGUUUAAAGCCAUUUCCCCUUGUCUUCUCACUACCUGCCCUUAUAAAGUCUCUCCCCAGUUUUCCUGUAGGCCCUUCAGGUCCUGGCAGGGCUGUAAGGUUCCCUCAGAGCCUUCUGUUCUCCAGGCUGCACAGCCCAGCUCUCAGCCCAUUCUCAUAGUGGGGCUGCUCCAUCCUCUGAUCAUCUCCAUGGCCUGCAGGGCCAUCCAGAUCCGUUAUCCCCUUACCACAAAUACUGCCCACAUCCCCCAGCGCUGCAUCAUCUCUGUGGAUCCUGGAUCCCCCCAGGGAUGGUGACUCCCCCCCGUCAGGCCGUUCCAAUGCAUCACAGCUCUUUUGGAGAAGUUUUUCCAAGCACCCAGCGCUGUGCUCCGGUUCCACAAGUUUUCCCUCACAGGGGUGACCCACCGUCCCGCUGCCAUCCGUGGGAACAGCGUCUAAACGGGGAACUGCGCCUGUUUGGACACGGCCGGGCAGCCCGUCCCACGCGGCACCAUCAGAGCGCUCAGCGCUGGAGGAAACCGGCCGCGUUGCUCCGUCUGUGCCGCAGAUCGGCCACCAAAAGGACGAAGGACCCGCCGCGUUUCUGCAUCGCACCGCGCCGGGAAGCAGCAGCUCCGCGGGCAGAGGCGCGGCCGCCGCUCGGGACGGGCAGCAGGAAGGCACGAGCACCGCCCGCCGAGCGCCGGGAAGGACUUCGCUCCCCUGGGCCGCCCUCCCCGGGGCGAUGCCGCAGCUCCGGCCGUGGGCGGGCAGUGCCGACAGCCGAAGAUGUCGAGCAGGUACCACCGGGCAGCGGCGGAUGGCUACCUGGACCUGCUGAAAGAAGCCACCAAGAAGGACCUGAACUCGCCGGACGAGGACGGGAUGACGCCCACUCUGCUGGCCGCGUACCACGGGCGCCUGGAGGCCCUGGAGAUCAUAUGCCGCAGGGGAGGCGAUCCAGACAAAUGUGACAUCUGGGGGAACACCCCGCUCCAUCACGCCGCCUGCAACGGCCACAUCCACUGCGUCUCCUUCCUGGUCAGCUUCGGAGCCAACAUCUUCGCCCUGGACAACGAGCUCCGCACGGCGCUGGAUGUUGCUGCCAGCAGAGAUCGCCACGAGUGCGUCCGGCUGCUGGACAGAGCCGCCACAGAGCAGAACGUGGCCAACCCCAGGAAGGUCUCCAAACUGAAGGCGCAGGCCCAGAGGAACAUGGAGAAACAGGUCAAGGAGUGCGAGAAGCGGCAGGAGAAGCACCAGCAGGAGAUGAACAGGAGCUACAUGAAGGAGAAGGUCGGCUCCGUGGCCUCCUCCAGAGGGACUCACUCCAGGGUGAAGCUGCCGACGAUCUUCACGUCAAACACAGCGGCUCCUUUCUCCAAAAACCUGAAGGACACCUUCAAACUGAAGGCAAAAAGGGCGGCCGGCAGCACGAGAAGCCAGGAGCCACAGAGCAACGGGCAGGCAGACGGAGGGGAGCGGGGGAGCGUGAUGCACCUGUUUGACGAGAGGGAGGAGGACGACUUAGCGGACAACGAUGGGCAGCUCUCCAUUUUCACACGGCCAGGUCUCGGGAAGAUCGUGUUUGGAAGGAAUUUGGCUGCGGAUGUGGAUCCUGGGACCGUGUCUUCCCAGAAAGAAGGAAUCAGCUUUAAAAUGUCCAGUGAGCUCUUCCAGCAGGAAGGUGCCGAUGGCAGCUCAGAGGGCGACGCUGGAAGCAGCGCCGAUGUCCCCUGGCAGGAAGAGGAGCUGCUGUGGGACGAUGAGGAAGCAGACAGCACCCCCCUGGAGGUGUUCCUGGCCUCACAGAUGCUGGACGAGUUUCUGCCCAUCUUCAUGAGGGAAAAGAUGGAUCUGGAGGCCCUGAUGCUGUGCUCUGAUGAAGACCUACAGAGCAUUCAGGUGGAGCUGGGGCCAAGAAAGAAAGUCCUGAGUGCUGUGAGUAAAAGGAAACAGGCGUUCCAGGACCCCGGAAAGACUGUGGAUACGUGCCUGUAGAACAGCACCCACUGCUGCCUGCACCGAGAUCAAUUCAGUGCAGCACGCGGCUCUGCUCAGACCAGCACUAAGGCCGGGAGCAAACCGUGCCUGCACGGAGCCGUGCAGCUGCUGCGGGUGGUGGCUGCGCAGCGCGGGGUGCGGUGCAGAUUUGGGCACAUUCUGCCACAAAAAGAACGUGACAGAAAUUGCCAAAGGCACCACCAGGGCUUGUUCUGCUGCUUCCAUGGCUGGGGUCCCUGGUGUGACAGAGCUGAGCUUAACAAACCGCCCCCUUCUCCUGCAGAACCCACCGAGCACUCCCAGAGAUCAGGGCUCCCAGCUUUACCCCCCUCCCCGUGUCACAUCGCUGCAAACUGCUCUUCUCGGUGCUAGAAUAAAAUCUGCUCUUGGCUCCAGCUGCA